AUGCCCGUUGACUCGAUCACCCUGAGAGCUCGACCUGCGGAGGUUGGUCUCUCGGAGGAUGAUGAUUCUGAGGCCGAGUUCUUCCCGACCACCUUUUACCCCGAUGGGAUUUUCGAAGAGCUUCCUCAACUCCAUCCCGAUUUAUUGCGUCCUGCCUUCUUGGCCGGUCAGGACUGGGAAGGCGUAGAGGAGACGAAGUCGACUCUUGGAAGCGUGAAGAGGGUUCUUCGGGCUGCGGGUGCCGUAGGCGUGACCUUCCUUGUGCCUACGGAAGCGCAGAGACCCUGGUCUCCUCUGAUGGGGUACCAGACGGUGUAUGAAUCCUAUUUUCAGGAAGACACUCGUUGCUGGUUCCCCAUCCCGCGACUGAUCACAGCAUACGCCAGACGUCGAGAUCUCGCGAUCAGUCAGCUGCUGAAUGGCUCGCUGCGUCUAGCGGUCACUUUGUCGGUUUUGGCAGAGCAGAUCGACAUGCCGAUGAGCGUUAGGUCGUUCGAGGAGAUGACCUCGAUAACCGACAUGAAAGAUGGCACUUACUCGGUGAAGAUGCGACCGAACUGCAAUGUGUGUGCCGGUCAUCCGAAUAAGACGCAGAAUUGGCAGCGCUCCUACUUCUUCCUUAAGUCCGACAGCUCGGCCUUCGAGGAGCCUCCCCAAGAUGAUUAUCGAGUUCUUUGGAACCGUUCUUGGGCUUAUCCCGAAGAUUUCUUGAGGAGUGUUCGCGCCGUCGCUCUGCUUCGAGUCUAUCGUUGGUCUGAGAUCUCCGUCGAAAGGAUCCGUGAGCUUAAGGAUCGAAUCACUCGAAGAGAGUGGAGAUCCGACCUUCCGACCGCUCUUCCCAUUCGUGCUAAGCGACUGGACAUCUUCCCGAGAGACAUCCAAAAACAAUUUACCGAGGCGAAGAAGAUGGGCACUCUUCCUGAUUUGAGCGCAAUAAUAGCGGCCCAGCUGGGGCUGACUAGCGGGGAAGGACCCUCAACGGCGGUUCCUCGUUCUGACGAGGUUUUCCCUUCCGAUGCCAGAAGUGUGGGGAAGGGAAAGAAAAGAAAAAGAGGCGAUGGUUCGGGAGUCGGGAGGAGUACUGAGGAGACGAGUGAUGUCCCUCCUUCCAGUGAGCCCCGGAAGAAGAGCAAGAAGAAAAGGACAAAAAAGAAGUCUACCGGCGAGCAGUUGGAAGAUGCUGACGAGCAGAUCGAGCAAGAGGAAGAGGGUGCUCGAGGAGAAGAAAUUCAGCCCGAAGAGGGGGGUUCUGAGGUUGAAGCCUCGGAGGGACGGAAUGACGAGGAGGGAGUAAGUGAAGGAGGGGAACGCGAGACUUCUCUUAAUGCCGCCUGCUCGGAUGAUUCUGAGGAAGGUAGCGAAGGGUCGCCACUCCUGAUAAGGAGGGGAAAUGACGAAGACGAAGAUGAGAGGCGGUCUCCUGUUCUGACGUUUCCUCGCGAGAGAACUCCAGUUCCCGUCGGAGGAGGGGCCGCCCAGAUCGGUACUUCUUCCCGUGGCUCGGCUAUCCUAAGGAGGGCUCCCGGAUUCAGCUUUCCCGAUAAGGUCGACUUCCAUUACGAGGGACCGGCUCCCUUAGUGUACGUUCCAGAGAAAUGUGGGGAGUUUCUCAGUCAACUAAGAGGGAGGGCGAAACCUCUUCCUGCUGUGAAGGACCUUAUCUUCGGGGGUGAAUACGAAGAAGCUGCAAGGGCCAAACUGCUGGGUGAUAGCACGAUGAAUGUCGUGAUUGAUAAAUACGACACGGCGCUUAAAGGAGCCUUGGAGGAGCUCGAGCUGGCCAAGAAAGAGUUUGCUGAGAAGGAAGAGGUUUCUGCUCGUCAACUGAACGAGUCAAGGGCCAAUCUGCAGAAGCUCGACGGGGUGAUGGCUCGCACCGUUGCUCGACGCGAUGAGUUUAAAGCCGCGCUGGAGUCGUCUCGAAGAACCAUCCGCGAGCUUGAACAGAAGAAUACUGACCUCGAGAGCGAGAGGGCUUCGCUCGCUGUCACGCACGAGCGAGAGAUGAAACGUCUGAGAGACUCCAGAAUCUUGGAGGUGACGAGAGAAAGGGGGAGAGUUGAGGCAGAAAUGACCGCCAAGGCUAGUCGUUGCUUCGCCAGGAUUCGUUCUCGAGAGGAGCGUCGGGGUCCUUACGACGAGGCUCGGUUACUUUACAGCCAAGCCUUUGGGACUAGGAAGUGCCUCGAGGCCUUGAAAGGAGCCGGGAACGACAUACCGCAAGCCUCUAUUGAUAUGUUCGUCGAGUACGAGAGGAAGUACGAACAAGAGGCUGAGCAGCUGAAGGUUGGCGAGAUCCCUGAAAGCGAUUUUAGACUCUCUCCUCUUGUGUUGGAGUCUCAGUUUAUGGAUGCUCGGAUUCUGGCGGGUCUCGAUCCGUAUGGUUCCAACGCUGGCUUAAUUGACCCGGAGACCGCGGCGAAUCUGCAUGUCUCGUGUACUCGUCCGGUCGGAGAAAGGCGCGAGGAACCGAUGCUUCCUAUCGAAAACCCUUUGACUGUUCUUGAGGAAGGGGUGCCUGGUCGAGGAGUCCGAGUCGAUGGAAAUAACGUUCCUGUCCUCGUGCUUUCGGACACUUCAGUCGAGGGUCGCGAUUCGCUGCCUCCAGAAGGGUCUCAUCGGGAUGGCGAGGAAAACACUGGCGAGGUGUCGGAGGAUGCUGCGGUGCGAGUCUCUCCGAUUGCCCGCGAAUCGAGCGUCAGGGCUUCGGAGCUUUCCGCCCUUAAUGAUCGCGAGAGUGAUCGGGAAGCUUAG